GACGAGCCGCUCUUCAUGUCUCUGAUUGAGGAUCUGUUUCCGGGCAUUGUGUUGGACAAGUGCACUUACCCUGACCUCCAGAAAGCGGUCACCAACCAGGCGGAGAUACUGAACCUCGUCAACGAUCCGGCCUGGAACUUGAAGGUCGUCCAG